GGAGAAAGAGGGACUGUUCUCUGCUCAUCAUGGAUUUCUCACCUGGAGUUGUGAUCCUGUGUUCUCUGUUAUGUUCAGUGGCUGGUCAGGCUCCUGUCGUCUCAGUGGAGCCCCGGUCUGCUACUGUGCGCCAAGGGGAGUCUGUCAGCUUUAGGUGCCAAGUGAGCAAUGGUGCAACAGCCAGUUCCCUGGUGUGGAAGAGAGCCAAUAACCAAGCAUUACAAGACAACAUUAAGCUUGGUCCUGGUGGCUCUGUGCUGACAGUUGCUAACGCCCGACCUGGAAACCAGGGCCAGUACCGCUGCACGGCAUCCAACUCUGCAGGCCGCAGCACUGCCACAGCUGUGCUGAACGUCAAAUUUGCUCCAAAAGUGCAGCUGACACCAGCAGGGCCCCUGCGGGUCAGAAUGGGCGAACCUGUGUCAGUGGAGUGUCGUGCCACAGGCAGGCCACGGCCCAAGCUGACCUGGAAACGCCAAGGCUCCACCCUGCAGUUGGUUACCACGGAGACGAAUGAUGUCAACACCAUACAGUGGCCGGCAGUGCAUCCAGAGGACUCAGGAGUUUAUAUUUGUCAGGCUGAAAACAAUGAAGGGGUGACAGAGGUCAAAGUUGAGGUCAUUGUUGAGGGGGGGCUAGGAGCACCAGUGGCUUCAGUGAGCACUACAGAAAUGACAGUGGUGGAGGGACAAACAGUCACGAUGGAGUGUCAGGCCACUGGCUCCCCUGUUCCUGUCAUCACCUGGUCCAAGCUACGAGCCCCAUUGCCAUGGAAACACACAGUGGCCGGUGGAGUUUUGACACUGACCAGCGUGGGGCGCCAAGAUUCAGGACAAUACAUCUGUAAUGCAACCAACGUACAUGGCUACAGUGAGGCGUACACCCAGAUGGAGGUGGAGAGUCCUCCAUAUGCCACCUGCCUGCCUGACCAGGUGAGGCUCCAGCCCGGAGAUGCCCUGCGUGUGCAGUGUCUUGCCCACGGCUCUCAUCCCAUUCGGUUCCAGUGGAGCCGGGCGGGCAGGGCGAGCCUGCCUGCAGGAGCCGAGACCACAAAGGAUGGAAAGCUGCUCAUAGCCCACGUUAAACUGAGUGACAGCGGAACGUACAAAUGUGUAGCCACCAACCACAUCGGCUCCAGUGAGACACUGGCCAAAGUCAUUGUAAAAGCUUAACCCAUUGAGGUCACACUGUCUCUGAUUGACAAACCAUCUCUGCAGCGCUUACAACUUCCACAAGCCUGGAUUGUAGCCAUCAAGACUCUCAAAUGGUUAAUACUGAGAAAUCAGAGAAAAUUAUAUUUAAUAGAUUUAUAUAUUUUAAAGUGAAUUUAAAAUAUAUCAAUGCUGGUUAAACUUUUGGUUUUAUUGUGCAUAUGGGGUUAAUUUUGUACUUUUAUAGAAAACUGAUACUGGUGCUAUUGUUGCCCGUAUUUUAUAUCUGCUUUUGGAAAAGCUUUGUGUGUGUGGACUGACAUCCUACACUAUGUGUGGGAGUUUCUGUUGCAGGAAUGUCUCUGCAUGCUGUCUUCCUCCCUUCAUGUCAAGUCUACACUGUUGCACUUCCAAAAUAGAAAGAAGGGCACAAAACAAACAAGUAACGGAUCCAAUAGAAAAGCCUUUAUUAUGCCAUUGAAUAUCAAAACAAUAAAGACCAAAUUAAUA